AAUGGAGCUACUUUACAGCUUUACAGCUUUUACGAAUCGUCAGUUCUUGAUUUAAUAUGAAGCAGGGGCGAAUUACAGCGUUACUCACCGUCGGCGCACUGCCUGACUUAUCCUGCGACCUCUGAAGGCUGUUCAAAGCACUUUAUAGAGCCUCGGGCCAUCGUAGCUUUGCCCUGGAUCUUUGGAGAACAUGGAGAAAGCAGAGGUGUUCGAGGUUGUAAAAGUGACAGAAGAGGUGGAGAGCACCUACAACCAAAUGGAGGUGACUACUCCAAAAAAGAGGAAGGGCAGAACCCAAGAAGACAGUGUUGAGAAACCUAAGAAGCCCAGGUCUGCCUACCUGCUUUACUACUUUGAUGUUCACCAGAUUAUGCAACUUGGAAUCCCUAAUAUGCCACAGUCAGAGAUCAACAAACGCAUCAGUGAGAGCUGGAAAAGGCUGAGCGUAGCUGAGAAAAGCUACUAUCUGGAGAAAGCCAAGCUGGAGAAGGAGGGCAUAGAUACAUCUUCUCUCAGCCCCUCAAAAGACCUCCCAGGCUUCCGCAAAAUCCUACCCAGAGCCAGCUACUUUCUCUUGUCCAAAGGUUGCUCCUCAAAUAACCAGCCAGGAGGCUCUCAGUCAGAGGUGAGCGCCGAGUCUCUGGACAGUCCAGUUGAAGGAGGCUCAGUUUCCCUUAUCCAGGAGCCCCAGUUCGCCCCUCUUGGGUUGGCCGGAGAGGUGGAGCUUUCUGACCACCCUGUUUCUGUUGAAGACAUCGCAGAAGAAACAGCAACGGUGUCUCACUCCAUGGCCCUCCAAGGAAUCCCGCCCUCCUCUUCCUCCUCCAUCACAUCCAAGGCCACAGCCUCCUCAGACACCUACGUCUCACAGGUCUCUGCCGACUUUACAGCAAACGGGGUCCCACUGAAAGGAAAUAAGACAAGAGUUGCUGGCAGUGGUGGAGCGAUGGUGCAGCAGACGCAGGGAGAGGCUACACAGGUGGUUGCCAUCAUACCCACCCAGAACUUGCUGGAGCCCAAGUCUUUGGCAGGUGUCAGCUCUGUGGGCCCAGUGAUGAUGCUCUCUGUGGGAGCCAGCUUAGAGCAAAGUCCCAAACCUUCAUACAAAAUGUCUGUGAAGACGUACACCAGGAGAGGUCGAGGGAGGUGUCUGAAUCCUGGCUGUUCAUUUAUGUAUGUCACGCGCCACAAACCACCAACCUGCCCAGAGUGUGGGAGCCACUUGGGCGGAAAAUGGAUACCUGCAGCAAAAAGGACACAAGAGAAAGAAGCUGCAUCCAAGCAAUUGCCACCAACUGCUGAAACAAAGACGAGUAAAAGCUGUAAAGCCACAGCACCACCUGCUCAGGAAGGUAGUGCUGAUAUCAGUAAAACAAACACCACGGGGAGCAGCAAAGAAGGGCGAGUUCAACGGGGCUCCAAAAAGCAGGGUGCAGCUUCUGCUGGAACGCCACCAGAGGGCAGCAACACCACGCCGCAGGCUCAGACAAAACAAGUGAAAGACAAUCCUAAAAGUGCCACAAUCCACAGUCAGGACAGGAGCACUGCUGCUGUGCAGAAGAGGCCUGUGAGACCCAUCCUUCCUGCCUGCUAUAACACAGGCCGGGCUUUGUUUCAGAUCAUAACAGUCCCACCUGACAAUGGAAAAUUUCAAGGUGCGAACAACAAUAAGUCAUCCAUAGUGUCUCGAGAGAGUUUCUCAGGUCUUAAACCCAGCACUUUGAAGCAGCUCGGUCAGACGGUCCCAACAACCACAGCCACACAGGAUUCUCCUGUCCCGGCAGACAGAAGCCAGUCUGUGUCUUCACCGACUGAUAAGAGAAUGAAUAUCUUGUCAGUUGUGCCUUUCAAACAGCACACAGUUUCCAGCUUUGACUUGGGACUUUCCACGGCACGAGGCAGAGGUCGGUGUAAGAACCCAUCUUGUGAUUAUAUGUAUAAGAACAGACACAAACCUGCCAUGUGCCCUAAAUGUGGAUAUGAACUGACCCAGAAGAAUGCCAAGGCAGCAAAGUCUGAGACUUUGCUGGAUCCGUACCAGGCUCUGAGUCCUGCUCAGAAGGACAUUCAGCGACAAAAUACUCUGCAGCUACUGCGCAGUUCUCUGCAGAUUCCAGAGAGCGACACUGAGCUUCAGGAAACGUUGACCCUCAUCCAGGAGCUCAACAGCCUCCAGAUCGUCUUGGUUCAACCGGGCGACCAAGAACAGGAGAACAACGUUGAGACCGAGACGCUGGUUGAGUCUGGGUGGCCUCAGUUCUAUGAAUCGGCAGCUACUCACUGUGGCCUGUGUAACUACCCGCUCUUCAAAGGAGGCCAGAGUACUGUUGCAGGACAGGAAGACUGCUGGCUGCUCACUGAAACACUGAUGCAGACCGCCUCCCUCCAGCUCAAAGUGUGUCUCAAUGUUCAGUGUCUGGCCUUGCACAGCUUCACUGACCUGCAUCCAGGUUUGUUUAACAUCGGGAACAGACUGCUGGUGAGUAUUGACCUGUUUCUGAAAAUCAGGGCCAACAUCAAGCAGGGCCAGUCUCCCUCUCAGGCAGCCAGGACGAUGCUCGACCACGUCCCCAGUCAUCCUGUUCACGCUCUUACUCCGGACGAAUCAUUUCAUAUUCAAGAGCUUCUCCUGAGUGGCUACUGGGCCUUUGAGUGUCUCACAGUACGAGAUUACAACGAUAUGAUCUGCGGCAUUUGUGGUUUUGCUCCAAAGCUAGAGAUUGCACAGCGAUACACAAACAAUGUGUUGGAGCUCAAGCAUGUGGAGUUCACCUGGCCUGAGGUUUCAGUCUCAGAUGAGGUACAUGUGGAUGACUUCUGGCUGACUAUGGAGAGUGAGGCUAUUGAGCAAGCAGCUUUCCCCACAGACAUCCCUAUCACACGGGUGGAUGCUUCCAUCAUCGCUCCCUUCACCCCUCCUCUGAUGAGGAGUGCCACUGUAAUCAACACAGAGAAGGACAAGCUGCUGCCUCACGUACAGCCUCCUUCAGGAGAUCCUUCAGUUUUGGUACGUCUCAUUCAUGACGGCCAGCUGAGACUCGACAAGAUUGAAGAUCACAGUGAGGAUGAGUUGAGAACUGUGCUGGACCGCUGCGGGGUGAAUAUCCCGCCAGGCUCUAACAAGACGGAGCUGCUGGCCUCUCUCAUCUCCUUGUACACGCUUGUUCAUAGUGGCCUCUCCACCACCCCACAGCCUCCUGCACAACUCACUGCUGGCAAACUGUCCAAAGUCUGUCCACACAAGGUGGUGUGUGCCUCUAAGUACUUGGUGGCGCUUUGUGCUGACAUGCAGUAUCCAGAGCUGGCAACCCAGAUGUGGGGCAGGAACCAAGGCUGCUUCUCUGACCCCUUUGAAAAGCCAGAGUUUGUGUCAUGUGCUGAACUGCAAGACCAGCCAUACAGCGCCGACCUGUCCUUGGUAGCAGAGAACCAGCAGAUCCACCCCAUCACCAAAUCAUCUUCUUGCUGGCUGGUUCAUCCUCCAGGAGCAGCCCAGGAGCCUCCUGCUCCAGAGCACCACUCCCUGUUCCUCUGCAAAGACCUGGAGCCCUACAUCAGCCUGGUGGCUGAGCUGAAGACAGAGAAGGAAGAGGAGGAUGGCGAAGCAGCAGAGCAGAAAGAACAGGCAGGUACAUCUGAGAAUGACUCUGCAGAAAAAUCUGACGACUGUUCCUCAGUUAGCUGUGCACGGAAACAACCUAUGGUCUUCAACAACACAGCUUAUUACUACCUGUACAACCGCCUGGUAGAUUUCCUCACUAGCAGAGACAUUGUGAGCCAGCAGAUUAACCAGGUUGUGAAGGCCUGCCAGCCUGGAGAGGUAGUGAUCAGGGAUGCUCUGUACCGACUGGGAGUGGCACAGAUCAACACAGAGAAAGAGGAAGAUGAAGGAAGUGGGAUGGAGGAGCAGAUACAGGAGGAAGGGACUGAGACGUAUGAGGUUGUCCUGCCUGAAUAAGAAUGUUCAGCUGGAUGAAUCAACCAACCAGCAGGCAGAGCGGAUGGAGUGAAUAUAAAAUGGCUGCAUGCAAAGAGAUGAGCGAAGAAAAAGGAAGUGCCAAAACAAGAGACGCAUGUGCUACCAGAAGCAUUUUGGAAGUGAUGCAAUGUUGGAGUUAUUUCACGGUUAAAACUGAUGGCUAACCUGUGCAACAGCAUAUUUAGUCAGCUAUGCAUCACUAACAGGUUUUACAGAUGUGAGGAAUAGCCUUUUGGAUGAAGUGUAGUAGGUAUGGAGAAGAAUGCAGAGUGGCCAGUAAGGUUUACUGUGAAGGUACUAAAAUAGGAUUUUUAUUUCAGGAUGCAAGUUACAGUGUGAGGCCAUUUUUUACCCAUUUAACAAGAAUAGUGUAAGUUAAAGUGAUGGAGACUGAAUGUCAAAAUUCUCAUUCUAAAAUGACUAAAGAAUGUAAUGUAUGCAUUUUUAAUUUGCAUUUUUUUUUUUACUAUAAUGAUGCCAGUAGUGUAGAAAAGAAAAAAGAAAAAAAAUCAAAGUGUAAACAAGUCAGCCACAACAUUAAAACCACAAACAGGUUACGUGAACAUCACUGAUUAUCUUGGUACAAUGUAAUGCUCUGCUGGGAAACCUUGGGUCCUGGGAUUCUUGUGGAUGUUACAACAUGGUUCCAGACCAACACAGACAGCAGUGGUCUCCCACAGCAGAACAAUGCACACCACCACACUUCAAAAAACUGCUCAGGAACGGCUUGAGGAACACAAUCAAGAGCCCGAAGUGUUGAUGCGGUCCUCAAAUUCCCCAUAUCCCGACUGAUCCAGAUCCACAAGAGGCCCCGCCUUGCAACUCACAUGACCCUAAAAAAACCUCUGCCAGUGUCCGAGUACAAAGGGCACAUAGAAGAAAGAUGAGGCGAGUGGUUUUAAUGUUGUGACUGGGACAGUGUAUGAAAAGUUGCUAUAAGCUUGACACCUAAAUCAAUACUUUCCUCUGACUGAAUGAAUGUAAGCAGGGUUUUUAUUAACUCAGCUACUCCAGAACUAAAUGUAAAUAUUUAACCAUGAAUGAUGUGGCAUAUUUAUUACACUUUUUUGCUCCAAGACAUUUCCGCUUUAUGUUUAAAAGUUCUUACCUCUCAACUACCACCUGCUGCCUUUUUAAGACUGCUUUUAGAAGGGGGUGACAAAAUACUUAUCCGUUGAUUGUACUCAGAAUGUGGUGGUGGACCUUUUGCUGUUGGUCUUUCUUUGGUUGCAUUGCAUUAUCAUCUCAGAUAUAUAUUCAAAGACACAGUGAACCAGUCAGCCUUUGAGAAGCAACUGAAGUAAUUUAGUAAAUCUGCCUGCAUUAAAUACUUGAGAGAGAUUCCUUUCCUCGUUUUUUUUGUUGUUGUUUUUUUUUAUGUUGUUUGUAAAGAUCUUGUGUUCUGCAUGGCAAUUUAAAUGAGUGAUUGGCUCACAAAACUUUUACGAAGGUUAAAGGCUGCUGUUUUCUGUUCUGUUGAUCAAGAGACACCGUAACAGCCAUGUACAUUGUGUAGAUAUAGUCAUAGAUGGACCAAGUGUGCCCUGUAAUUUAAACUGCUAAUGUAACAAAUAAAGAUAAAGAAAUGAGA